AUGUAUCCUUCUAAGUUCUUCUUCAUCAUGAUCAGCGUCCUAGCCCACUUCUCACUGUCCAUCCGUCAAGCCCAGGCUCAGUGCCCUACGGCAAAAGUGGACCAAAAUGAUUGUGUAAUAGCGAGUCGCAUGAUUCAAUUUGGGACUGAUGACUCAAUUGUUAAGGGUGAAUCAAAAAUCGUUGUCCGCUAUGGAGGAUGCCUUGUGACACUGGACAAGGUCACUUGUGGAACUUCAAAACUACCAAGUGCGAUCAACCUGCAAGAUUGUAUAAGUUCAAUUCCAAAGUUCUUUGGAACACAAAGUAAUGUAGAGAUCAGGAUCACGACCAAGACAUGUAGUGUCUAUCUUAAAUCCUCUAAUCGAAUGUUUCUUCCAGAGUCAACAAUGCAAAACAAAUAUAAAUAG